GAAGCAAAAGCGCGCGAGAAAAAAAAAAAAAGUUGACAAAGAGGAGGAUUUUCAGCUACAAAACAAACAGCAAUGGACGAUGAAAAUGAUUAUGAUACCUCUUCAGAGGCAAGUAAUACCAAUGAACCUGACAGUUUUCCUCGCAUAACUGCCGUCGCUACAGAAUGGAUGUUGGACUUCCUGUUUGUGAGUUUAUGUCGACGUUUCAAAGAAAGAAAACUUAAUGACUUCAACGAGACGCUGAAAGCUUUUGAAAUCAUAUCCCAGAGUUCAUCACUCACAGAGAAAUCCCAUGAGAAGACUUUGAUAUGUGCCUUCCUUGCAAGAGUCAUGCAUGGAAAAGAGCUGGAUGUGCUGUUUGAAGAAGAUGAGUCUGUGAUGCCGCUGAUGUCCGCUGCAAAAAUAUGGUUAAACCUUAACCAUACUGUGACAGAUGAAAGUUUAUUCAAAAACACUACUAUUCUGUUGCUCAUCCAGUCUGUGGCUGUCUGCAUGGAAAAAGGCAAAAGAUCUUUUGCUUCCUCUGCCCUCAGGUGGUUUGACAAACAUCAAGAAUUCCCUCAGAACUUGACAGUUAAGCUGUCGACGAUUGUGACACAGAGGGACACUUACCACCCGUUCUUCAUGAGUUUCAGCUUCAGCCGCCUCCUGGACACAGUCCAGUUCUACCUGGAUUCUUACUUGGAAAAGAAUCCCUCAGACUUUCUUAUCAAGGCAGCAACAGAUUUGAUCCAGUCAUCCAAAGAUAUCAGGGGUUUGGAGGAAGUGGCAUCACAGAAGAGUUCACAGCCAGAAACACCCAAUGAAUCAACACAGAAGUUGAAAAAAACAAAACGGGAACUGCUCUCUACUAAAAAAUCUGAUAUGUGGGCACCUGAUACCACGAAGAACCCUCAUGUUUCCGUAAGGCGACUCUCCAAAAUUGAGUUAUCUCAGAUAACGUCCAAGAAAUCACCGGAAACCUCCAUGGUACAAAAAAAAAGGAAACCACCACAGGCAGCAACAGAUUUGAUCCAGUCAUCCAAAGAUAUCAGGGGUUUGGAGGAAGUGGCAUCACAGAAGAGUUCACAGCCAGAAACACCCAAUGAAUCAACACAGAAGUUGAAAAAAACAAAACGGAAACUGCUCUCUACUAAAAUAUCUGAUAUGUGGGCAACCGAUACCACGAAGAACCCUCAUGUUUCCGUAAGGCGACUCUCCAAAAUUGAGUUAUCUCAGACAACUUCCAAGAAAUCACCGGAAACCUCCAUGGUACAAAAAAAAAGGAAACCACCACAGAAAUGGACUUCCCUGCUUGACAAAUACCUGAAGGAGGGUGUUAAACGCCACGGCCAGGGGAAGUGGUCUCUCAUCUUAAUGGAUUAUGAUUUUGAAGGACGCACCGGGACCAUGCUUAAAGACCGCUGGAGAGUUUUAAUGAAGUCGCAUGAUGUCGGCUAAAGAGAAAGUGAUCACCACCCACCCUGACUGCAACAAUUUACCUGUAAAUAAAAUCUUCCUUUAUUUAGUGUCUUGUUGUUGCAAAUGUUUCUCUGUGGUUUUGGUGUAAUUGGUUUUUGUUGCUGAUGUAUUUGUACUAAAAUGAACAUGUUAGUAAUUUAUCGUUUUUUUUCCCACAAUGAAUGAGCUGUUAAAAUUGGGGAUUCUUCUGCCGUUCUUUUUGUUUUGUUUUUAAGCAUACCAGCAGAGGGCGCUCUUCACAAUAUUUGAUUAUUUCAGUAGCUAUAUAGGAGAGCAUUUUAAUGUUUUCUUUUUUUUUUUUAUUGAAUUUAAGUUUUAAAGAAUAUUAUGGAAUUAAUACAACUGUAUUUUGUUCAAAUAAAAGCAAAUUCAACUGUA